CCUGAAUCUCUCUCGCCCACAUGUAUAAAAGAUACAGACCUGCCUUAGGUCGUCACAGUUCACUCGGAACACAUCCAAAACAACGAUGUCUUACGUACUUCUCGCUUUGGCUGCUUUCGUCGCUGCCGCUUCAGCAGCGCCUCAAGUCCUCACAGGAGUCGCACACGCACCGGUGGCUGUCGAGGAAUACGACCCGCAUCCCCAGUACAGCUUCUCUUACAACGUGAACGACGCCUUGACCGGAGAUUCCAAAGGUCAGACUGAAACUCGCGACGGAGACGUCGUCCAAGGAAGCUACUCACUCGUCGAAGCCGACGGUUCCAGGAGAGUCGUAGACUACACCGCCGACCCCGUCAACGGAUUCAACGCCGUCGUACACAAAGAAGCAGCUGUCGCUCACGCCCCAGUCGCAGUCGCUCACGCACCAGUCGCAGUCGCCCAUUACUAAAUUGGGUCGCAUUCAUACAACAGAUUCAAACUUUACCAAAAUGUGACUGAGGUUCUACGAUAAAUCAUAUUCAUAUUCCUACAAAAUGUAAAUAUAUCGAACAAAAUAAAUGUUAUAAAAACACUC